AAUUGGGCUUCGGGUUGGGUUCGAAUAGCAUCGGCUUCUCUCUCUCUGAUCGCUUCUCAUCGCCGUUGUAAACCCACCCAAUCGUGCAUAUAUCGUCACCGGCGUCAUCAUCUUGCCCUGUCUAUUGCUUCACUUUUUAUUUUCGAAGGAACAUAGAUCGAUACCUAGUUGUAUCAUCUAUACCGAUCCAAAUCCUCGUUUCCAUCUCUCUCUCCUCUCUCUCCUCUGUUUGAAUGACCUCGCAGCUGAAUACAACCAAUGGCUUCGAGUAUGUUAGCUGGAGAGCGAAGGUGGGCUUCAGCGAGAAGAGGUGGCAUGACUGUUUUGGGGAGAGUUGCUGUUCCAAAACCUCUGAACUUACCCAGCCAAAGGUUAGAAAAUCAUGGUCUGGACCAAAGCAUGGAAAGCGUUCCCAAGGGAACCCUUAGCUGGGGCAGUCGUUCAUCUUCGUCUGCAUCAAAUGCCUGGUGUUCCUCGGCACUGUCUCCAAAUGCUGAUGGUAGUGCUGGUUCACCAAGAAAUCUCAGUGGUCGCCCUUCAUCCAGUGAAGGCAGCACUCGACCAUCAUCUGCUGGUAGCAAUAGAAUGCAUGAACCUACUCUCAGUGCAUGGGGUCCGCACUCAAGGCCUUCAUCAGCUUCUGGGGCAUUAACAUCAAAUCAAACAUCACUGAUGUCAUCGCGCCCUCGCAGUGCAGAAACAAGGCCUGGUAGCUCGCAGUUGUCACGUUUUGCUGGACUGUCAUCUGAUAAUUCAGUACCAUGUGGUCGACCUGGUACAACUGAAAAAUUGGGAGUGGCAUCCACCAAGAAGGAUGGGUUCUCUCUAAGUUCUGGAGAUUUUCCAACACUUGGUUCAGAAAGAGACAAUUCUGGAAGGAAUAUUGAGCCACAAGAGAGUGACUCUUAUGGUCGUCCUGGUUCAUCAUCCAGCAGAAUAUCAUCGGCAGAAGAGAGGAACGCAACUUCAUCAGUUGGUGAUGCUUCUGCAUAUGCAAAUGCCAAGAGUGGAACUGCUAAUACCUGGAAAAGAGAUAAUUCCCAUCAUGAUGAAGAUGGGUUCCGGCCUGGUGUGGAGAAAUGGCAGGGGGAUCCCCAACCAUACCUGAACACUAAUGUUCCCCCUCCACACUUUGACGCUUGGCAUGGUCCUCCAAUAAAUGCUCCUGGUGGUGUUUGGUAUAGAGGACCUCCAGGAGGUCCACCAUACGGACCUCCAGUUGCUCCUGGUGGCUUUCCAAUCGAACCAUUUCCUUAUUACCGUCCUCAAAUUCCAGCUACUGCCUUGGCAAACUCGCACCCAAUCCCUCCACCAGGGGCCGGACCAAGAGGGCCCCAUCCAAAAAACGGAGAUUUAUACAGACCUCACAUCCCUGAUGCCUACAUUCGGCCAGGUAUGCCAAUUAGACCUGGUUUUUACCCUGGUCCAGUGGCCUAUGAGGGCUAUUACGGCCCUGCAAUGGGCUACUGCAAUUCCAAUGAACGAGAUAUUCCGUUUAUGGGAAUGCAAGCACGUCCCUCUGUUUAUAACAGGUAUCCCAACCAAAAUGCUCCUGAUCCUAACAAUCACCAUGGCACAGUGGGCACCCAUGGAUCUACUGGCAGACAAGCUGAAUCUGGUCAUCCCGAUAAUACUCGAGGACCAGUUCUUUUGAAGCACCGGAAUGAAUGGGGAGGAAAAGAGGAUGAAGGGGACCAACCAAGGGUGUACUCUUUGAAGAAUGAGUGGGGAGCAGGCCACAAAAAGAAUGAAAAGAUUCACUCAGGAAGAUCAACACUGAGUGAAGAUGUUCCUUCCCGAACUUCUAAUAAUCGAGCUGGUUAUUCUUCAGACUCUGUCAAAGUAAAGUUACCUGAACAUAUGGGCAAUGGAAAAGCAGUUGAAGACAUUUUGGUAAAGAAAUCAGGAAAUGUUGCAUCGGCUUUGCCAGAUGUGCCUCAAAUAAUCCCAGCUACUCCAAAAGAUUCAACUUUAAUGCAAAAAAUUGAGGAUCUGAAUGCAAAAGCUAGGGCUUCUGAUGGACGACAUGAUGUUACAUCUAGUUCUAGUAGCGAAGAGCAAAAUAGUAGGUUACAAGUCAGUAAUGCUAAGGCCAACAUUUCUGCAAAUGCAGUUGGUACUGGCGCCGUAUACACUAAAAGAACUCAUGCCAGUGGAGAUCUUAUCCUGGUAUCCCAAGAAGUGGAUGUUUCUGCAAGGGACAAGACCCUUCAGGCAGGAGUUGCCAGUGGGACAUCCCUUUCAAGGAGAGCUAGUCAUGGUAUGCAAGGCAGAACUGACCAUCACAGUAAAAGGUUCAACACUAAGGAUGCUGAUGGGUGGCAAAAGAAAUCUCUUGUUUCUGGGUCUUUAAAUGCUGUUUCAUCUGCAAAUAUUGGACCUACUUUUAAUGUUCAUGUAGAACACCAUACAUUUGUGGAGGCUGAUGAGAAGUCUGGGAUUAAUCUUCAAAGCAAGGAUGAGGAAGAAUCUUUGACACUAAUGUAUGAUCCAAGUGAUUGCGAUGCACAGCGUGCUAAGAUGAGAGAGAUAGCCAAGCAGCGUGCAAAGUUACUUCAGAAGGAGGAGGAAGAACGAACAAGAGAGCAGAAGGCAAAGGCCCUUGCAAAAUUGGAAGAGUUGAACAGGCGUAUUCAGGUGGCAGAUGGUUCGACUCAGAAGUUUGAAAAGGUUCUGCCUGGUGCUGCUAUCCCACAAGGGCAAGAAGUAUCCCAAACACUUGCUGAACCAGUGAUGGUUUCUAGCAAAUAUGAAAAACCAAGCUCCUCGUUGGUAUUUAACCCUAACGCCGUUGCUCAGAUUAGUAAGGGUAAUACCAUUGUGGUGGAACUACCAGAUACUGCCCAACAUGAUCCCGUUGUUCCAUGUGGCCAGCCUUUGGCCUUGCAACAUGAUGCUCAGAAUGCUGUUGCUGCUAAAUGUAAAGCUGCUUCCCAAGUUAAUGAUGGUGGUGUCUCCAGGCAAAAGCGCCUGGGCUUUAAACAAAAGCUGAAUUUUCAUUCGGAAAUGAAAGUUACUGAAGAGCCCAUUCCCACUAUUUCAGCUGAGGCACCAAAAAUUAAUUCCGAUGUAGCUGUUGAUGAUAAUACAUCUACUGAGGUUGUUUCUGAAGUUGGCCCAAGUUGCGAGCCUUGCUCCCCCAUUAACCCAAAUAUAAUGACUGAGACCACGACACAUCAAAGGAGGAAAAACAACAGGAGCAGCAAGAACAAGCACAAACUGGAGACUUCUGUCACUACUUUACCAUCUUCAGCGCCAAAAGAUGCUAAUCCUGCAAAAAUUUCAAUUGGAGGUGGAGAGUCAAAGGCAUCUGAGUUUGAGUUGGAUCCUAAAUCAGUUCAGUCACUGACUGAUGCUAAACAUGCAAUUCAACCGUCGGAGCAGCACUCUGUUUUACCUAGUGAAGAGGCCACUGGUAGAGUAAAUAACCAUCGGAAAUCUCAGCAGUCUCGCCGGAUGCCAAGAAACCCUCAAGCUAUCAGAUCAGCGAAAUUCCAUAGCAGUGAUGCUGUCGUCUGGGCUCCUGUGCUGUCACAGAACAAAUCUGAGGUUACAGAUGAAGCCAGUCAAAAGAAUUCACACGAUGCUGUUGCUCCAGCAGCAAAGAGUGAGUAUCUAGUGCAGAAUAAUCUGAAAAGUAAGAGGGCAGAAAUGGAGAGAUAUGUUCCAAAGCCGGUUGCUAAAGAAUUGGCUCAGCAGGGAAGUGUCCAGCAACCACUCUCAUCUUCAAUCAAUCAGACUACAUCAGAUGAGACUGUUGGGAGAGCAGAACCUGGUUUUCAGAGCAUUGAAAGUUCUCAAUCUGCUAAUUCAGCAAUUGGGAAUAUUUUGUCUACUGAGUGUAAGAAUGGGAAUAGUAAGCAAAAUAAGCAGUCAAAAGCACAUGGAUCGUGGCGCUUAAGGGUUUCAUCUGAAUCACCACAUGUGAAGGAAUUGCAAGAUGGAUCGUCUUUUACUUCGGACCCUGGCAAGAAUGUUCAGAAAUCUAUAGACCAGCAUCAAUCUUUCAUUCCUGACGUAAACUCAGUGGAAGGACAGCCAAAGUUUUCUGAUGAGUCUGAAGGUUGUAAUACUAAAGAUAAGGGAGUAAUUGACAGAGGAAACAGACAUCUAUUCAAGGGUCAUAGGAGCAGCAAUAGUUAUUAUGAUCAUGAUCGCAGAAAUAUUAAUAGUGAGGACACGCAUAAAAGUUGCCAACAAUAUGCGGCCCCAGAAAUAAGCCAAGCAGACAGAACUGGUUCUACAGGAGAAAACCGCGGUGUUGGGGAACGAACAGCUUCUCAUUGGCAACCGAAAUCACAGGCAUAUUCAGCUCAUUAUCAACGAGGAAGCAGGUUUGUUGGAGACGGUCAAAAUGUUAAUGCUGAAGUUGGUAGGGCUAUCAAGAAGGAUUUCCCCUCCCAGGAUAGGGUGCAUCUUCCACCACAUGACAAAGAGAGCAGUGAAAUAACGGCUCAGCCUCACCUCAAUCAAUCUCUUUCUGAGGAAAAGAGUGUGGUAGAGGCACAAAAUGUAGGGCAUCCAGAGGCUAGGAGAGAAAAGAAAGUGGCUUCAUUUAAAGGACGUUCCCACUCCCCGAAUCAAGAUCAUGCUAACACGGUUGAACUGGCUCCUCCUGCAGAUAUGGAUACUCAGCAUGAGCAGCGGUCUUCCUCAGGGUUUCACAAGAAUGGAAACCCAAAUAACCGUACUAGCAGAGGGCAUGAAUCUCGUGGGGAAUGGAGCUCAGCUGGGCAAGAGAGCAAACAGCAUAAUAUACCUGCAAACCGAGAGAGGCAGAGGCAGAAUUCACAUUAUGAGUACCAGCCCGUUGGGCCAUACAAUAAUAGCAAGUCUAAAAAUUUUGAAGGGCAAGAUGGCUCGCACAAUUCAAGCUCGAGAUACAGGGAUAGGGGUCAGGGUCACUCGACGCGUGGUGGGGGCAACUUUUAUGGGCGGCAAAGUAGCAAUGUCAGAGCAAACACCGGUUAUGAUUGAUGGGGAGGAUACCAUUCCUCUGAACACUGGGUUUUGGUGCAAUUAGCCAAGAUUUCAGGUAUUAAUUGUUUUGUCGGUACUGUUUAAAUUGGCAGAAAUCACGUGCAAGAGCAGAACCAAGGGGCAAAGCACAUUGCGCCGAGGCAAAAUGUUGUUCAUGUUCAUGUGAGGUACUCAGAUGUUGAUUUGUUUCUUAUUUUAAAAUGUAACUGAUAUUAGUAUCUUAUUUUGGUCAUGGCUUGUUAGCUGUGGAACCUUUGGCAUUUUCUGGCCUUGUAUUUAGUGAUCAUUAUUUAUAUGCACGAGAUAUGGAAUAGUAGUGGGGAGGAUGAAUUAGGGCAAGUAGUUCUUGGUUCUUUUUGUGAAUAAACUUGACUCGCUAUUCUUCAUCA